AUGUGCCUCCAGGUUGUUGAGCGCUAUUCGGCAUGCCGCUGCUUAUACUAUCAACACGCCGUUGAUCGAUGUGGCAACUACGGCCGACCAGGACAUGCUGUCACCAGGCGAACGAUUUUGGUCGGAUACGCUUGCCAGGACCAUGCGCAGCAGAGCAAUUACGGAUCAUACGCAUCAGCUCAGACAUACUCUGACUCUGGCUACUACAGUGGUCAAUCUACCAAGAGCUCUCGCCGCCACCGAUGA